AUGAAUUCUCAUUCUCUGUAUACGAGAGAUCCAGAUCUCAGCAGGUUUCGUUUCCUUCGCUAUAAUCAGAUUGGCCAUGGAGAGCUUAUAUGCUGGAUCGGUAUUUCAAUGGGUGCUGCGACAGGGGUUUGCUUUGUUACGCGGAAUCCUGGGGUGGUGAAGAGAUUGGUGGUAGCUGAUACUAUCACCUCAUCCCCGGACAGUGCUGGUGUCCCUGAUCUUUUCGUCGGUCGGGCCGAGAUUGCAAGGAAAGAAGAGGACGCCAUUGAGAAUUUGACCGAAACUACCUUGGAGAGAUGGUUCUCUCAACAAUGGAGGGACUCAAACCCAGCUGAAGUUGAACGGAUGAGACAGCUAAUGAGAACAACCAGCAGAGGCGGGUUUAUUGCUUGCUGUAAUGCCUUGUCUCAUGCAUCUUUUGAUUUGAGACCGUUGCUGAGAAACGUCGGCUCCUCCGUUGAAGCGUCAUCGUUGAUUGCGGGGGAGCAGGAUGCCAACAUUCCAGAGACAAUGAAUGUUAUGCGCCAGGAGAUAUCAGCUGGGUCCACGGGACCACAGCAGGAGCAUUUAAUUAUUAUAAAAGGCGCCGGUCACGUUCCGGUUGUAGAUGGGUCUAGUCAGUUCAAGCAUGAAGUGUUGAACUUUUUGGCUGAGGGGUCUCCCAAGGUUUAAUUUUAGCACACGAGCAUCAUCUAGUUUAGGCCAUGGCUGUACGAUUCAUAUCUGUACAGUGUUGAUUCCGCAUUACUAUUUCUGCAAGUAUUGUGCUGCCUGGGAUUCAACAGUCAAUAGAAUAUGUAAUGGUUUACUCCGUACUUGACCUUGAGUCAACCUCUGCUCU